AUUUUAUUUGCAGCAAGUGUGAAACUUGCGCUUUGCUUGUUAUCGGUAUCGGCGUGCGAGUCUGUGUAUUUGUAUUUGCGAGUACACAUAUCUGUGUCAAUGGGCGCCAAAUAGGCAUAUAAGCAGUUCUGCUUCUCAACUUCUGCUCAGAAGCGGACUAGCAUUAGAAUAGAUUGAAACUAUCUGAGCAGAUUGCCUGGAAGCUAAGGAGUAUCGACUACAAGGACUAUAUUUUUUUGCCUGAAAUUCGAGACCAAUCAAGUAAUAGCAGGCAUUGACAGACUAAAUUUAAGGUAUUAAAAGGCGGCCGAUGUAAGAAUUUCCUAGUCUAAAAUAUCUUAGACUAAGAUCACAAAAUGGACGGACACCUGGUGUCAUUAAUACUCGUAUUUGCCAUUUUAUUGUGGCUGCCCUUUGGCCAGAGCGAUGGUAGCAACAGCUGCUCAGCAUUUGAACUCCAGGCGCGCCGCUUCUUCGAUCAGGAGAACUCUAAGCUACGGGAACGAUACCAUGCGGAGUACUCAGCUGCGUACGCCUACAACACGAAUGUGACCGAGGAGAACAGACAGGCCAUGAUUCAAGUGUAUGCAGACAGUGCCAGGGACAACAAGCUGCUGGCCCAGGCUGUGAAGUCGGGCGAUUAUGUAAAGUCAAGUGAUGCGAGCAUACGCAGGCAGGCAAGGAUGCUGCAGAAUCUGGGUGCGGAUGUGCUCGAGGCCAGCGAUUAUCUAGAGCUGAAGAAUGCCAUUAGCGCAAUGCAGUCGAACUAUGCCACUACCAGCGUCUGCUCCUUUGCCAAUCGCAGUGAUUGCUCUCUAACCCUGGAGCCACACAUACAAGAACGCCUAUCCAAAAGUCGGGAUCCUGCUGAGCUGGCCUGGUAUUGGCGUGAAUGGUACGACAAGGCGGGUACGCCCAUGCGCCAGAACUUUGGCAAGUAUGUGCGUCUAACACGCAAGGCAGCGCAACUUAAUGGCUUCCGUUCGUAUGCCGAUUACUGGGUGCACUUUUACGAAGAUGCCGAUUUUGAGCGUCAGCUGGAUGACACCUACAAAGCAUUGCUGCCAUUCUACAGACAAAUCCAUGGUUAUGUUCGCUAUCGUUUGCGUCAGCAUUAUGGUUCCGAUGUAGUGCCUGCCGAGGGUAAUAUUCCGAUGCAUCUGCUUGGCAACAUGUGGGCACAGUCGUGGAACGAUGUCAUCGACUUAUUUACACCAUUCCCCGAGAAAUCAUUUGUCGAUGUCACCGCGGAAAUGAACAGGCAGCAGUACAGUGUGCAGAAAUUAUUCCAGUUGGGCGAUCAGUUCUUUCAAUCGCUCGGCAUGCGAGCAUUGCCCCCAAGUUUUUGGAACCUAAGUGUGCUCACUCGUCCCAAUGAUCGCGAGGUCGUUUGUCACGCCUCAGCCUGGGACUUUUAUCAGGAUAGUGAUGUGCGUAUCAAGAUGUGUACCGAGAUCAACACUCACUAUUUGUAUGUUGUCCACCAUGAGCUUGGUCAUAUUCAAUACUACUUGCAGUAUGAGCAGCAGCCCGCUGUGUUUCGUGGAGCCCCAAAUCCUGGCUUCCACGAAGCUGUCGGGGAUGUCAUAGCAUUGUCUGUGAUGUCUGCCAAACAUCUGAAAAGCAUUGGUCUCAUCACCAAUGGGCAUUGGGAUGAAAAGAGUCGCAUCAAUGAGCUGUUCAAGCAGGCGCUUUCAAAGAUUGUUUUCCUGCCCUUUGGCUAUACCAUGGAUAAGUAUCGUUAUUCUGUUUUCCGCAAUGAACUCGAUGAAUCACAAUGGAACUGUGGCUUUUGGCAAAUGCGCUCGGAGUUCGGUGGCGUCGAUCCGCCAUUUGCACGCAACGAGACCGACUUUGAUCCACCGGCCAAAUACCAUAUUGAUGCCGAUGUCGAAUACUUGCGCUACUUUGCAGCCCACAUAUUCCAAUUCCAAUUUCACAAGGCUUUGUGCCGUCUAGCCGAUCAGUAUGUGCCCGGCGACAGUCGCCUCACUUUGGAUAACUGCGACAUAUUUGGCAGCAAGAAGGCUGGAGAAGCAUUCAAGAAGUUCUUGUCAGCCGGCAAUUCAAGGCAUUGGAAGCAAAUAUUGGAGGAGUUCACGGGCGAAACCGAGAUGAAUUCUGCUGCGUUGCUGGAAUAUUUUGAUCCGCUCUACCAAUGGCUGAAGCAGGAAAACAGACGCCUUGGUGUUCCUCUGGGCUGGGGUGAUACCAACAAGAUCUCUUCGAAUUGCUGUGGGCCGUUCAGUACUUAAUAAAAGGACACCCAUUUAUUUUCAAUUUGACUAGCUAUAGACUUAUUUUCCUAUACAUAGCUUAAGUAAUAUUAAAAAAUAAAUAAUAUAUAUUUUUCUAAAAA